AUGACCCGUAUCCGGCAUUUAGUCCGUUGAGGCUCGAGUGACAACGACGUGUAGAAAUCGAAAUGGGAGCGUCGUCGAGUAAGCGUUCGAAGCCGAGUGCACCGCUCGAGCUCUACAUGUCGAAACAUUCUCCGACAUCUCGCGCCGUCUGGUUCUACUUUGUGCAGAACAACUUGCCGUUGGAACUAAAAGUUCUGGAUUUACAGAAAGGCGAGUCGAAGUCUGAAGAAUUCACGAGGCUCAAUCCUCACCAGUGCGUUCCGUUUUUGAAAGACGGAGACACGCUCGUUGGCGAGAGCCAAGCGAUUAUCCGAUAUGUAGCGCAUCGCUACACGAAUUUCGCAGGCCUGGGCGACGGCAACGUCAAGAAUCCCAACUGGGCGCUGAUUGCCAAGAUUGAUGCGACAAUCUGCUGGCUUCACACUGAACUUUACAGAGAUUUGUUUGGAAAAUUCAUUGGACCUGCACUCUUCGGCAUGGGCCCUGAAAGUGCCAGAGACCAAGUGGUUGAAGACGGAGAGAAGCGCGUUAGGAAGCAUCUCGACACCCUAGAGAAAGUCUACUUGGAAAAGACCGACUUUCUGGUCGGCAGCCAUGCAACAGUAGCAGACGUUUUUUGUGCUGAAUUUGUGUCCCUGUUGGAGUUGAAAGCGUUUGACUUCUCUUCAUGGCCAAAGGUACAGGCAUGGUUUCGAAGAAUGAAACUGCUCGAUCAUUGGGCUGAACUCCAUGAGGAACAUCGUGCAAUGGCUAAACAUUUUAGUGGUGUCGAGCCGGAACAACCAGAGCCACCCAAACAAGAACCACCUCCUGCAGCAGCAGCCGCCAGUGAGGCAAAAGAAGAAGAAAAGCCUUCAGAGGAGAAGCCCACAGAAGAGAAACCAUCCGGCGAAGAGCAGCCAGCCACACAGGAAGAAAAGCCCGCUGAAGAAAAGCCUUCAGAAGAGAAAGCUCCAGAAGAAAAGCCUUCAGAAGAGAAAGCUCCAGAAGAAAAGCCUUCAGAGGAGAAACCUUCAGAAGAGAAACCAGCUGAAGAACCUACCGCAGACGAAAAACCAGCAGAGGGCGAGGCUUGAUAGCUCAAAUACAAGUUGACUCACUCAUUGACUCCUUUCCUAUCAGAUUGAGUUAUAUAGGGCCACGGGACAGCAUGGACAUUAGUUUAGUAUUAUAUGCAGUAGAGGCUGGCCAGGCUGAGGGUUUGUUUUUGUUUCUUAUUCUUGCUAGAAUUGCAUUACAGGAUAUACUGAA